GGCCUCAGCCCUAGAGUCUCACUGAUCACCGUUACUUGCAAAGUUUCACUACUCUCACCCGUCUGUGACCCAGUUUCAGCCCAAAGCUGAAGAACUGAACGCGUCCCGGAGUCCGCUAGGUAUCGCCGGAAUUCUCAAUACCUUGGACAUUCCGUUCAUGGCUACUUAGCCGCAAAUCCGUGAAAAUAGGGCGACUUUAUAGCUAACUUGUCCUAAAAGAUCCUUUUUACAGUUCUCGGAUCCAGAAUCGAAAUAAGGUAAAGCGGAAACUUAUUCAUGGCCGUAAGUAAUAACAAUAAUGGCUUCCCUACCAAUUCCGUUCUUGAACUAGAUGACAAGCCAAGGGCUCUGCAAUCGAAAGCGGAUCGAGAGAAAUCCGAAUUUCCUGACUUUCGUGUUAUAGAUGGGUCCCGAAACAGUCCAAGAAGCUGUCAGAGCUCGCCGAUUCAGUCACCGAGACUCGGGCCAAGCAGGUUCUCGAGUGGCAGUGAUCAUUCCAGAUCGGGUUCUAUGCCAAACUUGUUGGGGGUUGUUUGGGAUCGAAAGCGGCCGGCGAAGAGAGCGAAGAGAAUGAAGUCUUGGUACCAGAGAAAGAGAGUGAAAGGAGUUGUUGCUUUGAUUGCAGUGAUUGUUUUCUUUUUCAUGGUUAACUGGUUGAUGCUUUCACGUUUACAAGAUGGCCGGGUCGGGGCCAAAAACAUGUCGCUAGAGAAUUCUUCGUCUGGCAAAGUUUCGGUAUCGAUUCAGGAAAAUUUGAAAAAGUCUGGUAGGGGGAAAAGGAAACAUAGUGGGACUUAUGGAAGGAUGUUGUCUUUGGCAGCUCAUGCGUUGGCUGAGGGACAGAAUAAGCGUGAGCCAAAAGAUUUGUGGCAGGAGCCCUUGGUUCCUGCUUCUGCUUGGAGGCCUUGUGCAGAUCAACGUAGCUGGAUGCCUUGUGAGGGUAAGAAUGGAUAUAUUAUGGUCACUGCAAAUGGUGGGAUCAAUCAGCAGCGAGUCGCUGUUUGCAAUAUUGUUGUGAUCGCACGAUUACUUAAUGCAACUCUUGUUGUUCCCAAGUUUAUGUACAGUGAUGUCUGGACGGAUGUGAGUCAAUUUGGCGAUAUCUAUCAGGAGGAGCAUUUCACUACCUACUUGGCUUCUGAUAUUCGGAUAGUGAACGAACUUUCUAAGGAGCUACAGUCAUUAGACCUGGAAGCAAUUGGUAGUGUUGUGACAGAUGCAGAUAUCCCAAAGGAGUCUAAGCCAAGUUUUUAUCUGAAAAACAUUCUCCCUAUUCUGAUUAAGAAUGGAAUCAUCCAUUUUGUUGGAUUUGGCAAUCGCUUGGCAUUUGACCCAAUACCGUUUCAAUUGCAGAGACUUCGAUGCAGAUGUAAUUUUCAUGCGCUCAGAUUUGUCCCCAAAGUUCAAGAAACUGGUGCUUUGCUCCUCAAAAGGUUGCGUCAGAAUGCAUCUUAUGUUGGAGUACUAGAUCGUUAUCUUGUUGGUCCAUAUGCGGAGUCAGUUUUGAAGGAAAAGCAGGGGCACGCAAAAAAAGCUUCCAAAUAUCUAGCUCUCCAUUUGAGGUUUGAAAUUGACAUGGUUGCUCAUUCUCUGUGCUACUUUGGCGGAGGUGAAAAAGAGAGAAGAGAGUUGGAAGCAUAUCGCGAAAUCCAUUUCCCUACGCUGACAUAUCUUGAGAAGGGAAAAAAGCUACCUUCCCCUGAAGCGCUAAGGUCAGAGGGCUUAUGUCCAUUAACACCUGAAGAGGCAGUACUUAUGCUCACUGCUCUUGGUUUCAACCGUAAGACACAAAUAUUUGUUGCAGGUGCAAAUAUAUAUGGAGGGAGGUCAAGAUUAAUUUCUUUGACCAGCUUGUAUCCCAAUUUGAUCACUAAAGAGAAUUUGCUUUCAUCGAGGGAACUCGAACCAUUCAUGAAUUUUUCCUCUCAGCUGGCAGCACUGGACUUCAUCGGUUGCACUGCUGCUGAUGCAUUCGCCAUGACAGACUCGGGAAGUCAGUUGUCAUCUUUGGUGUCUGGUUAUCGAAUAUACUAUGGUGGGGGGAGAAUGCCAACAAUACGGCCUAACAAGCGGAGGCUUGCUGACAUCUUCUUGAAGAACAACACCAUAGAGUGGAAAAUAUUUGAGCAGAGAGUGAGGAAAGCAGUUAGGCAAACUAAACAUGUCCAGUCAAGACCCAAAGGGAGGAGUAUUUACCGGUACCCGAGAUGUAUGGAAUGUAUGUGCCUUGGUCAAUAGUUUUACAAUAUGGUAUGUUUUAUUGUUAGUUGUACAUGUAAUAUUCAUUAUUCACAAAUCCUAUAAUCGAAUUUCAUCCACAUUUAUAAACAGGUGGGUUAAGAAAAAGAAAAUUACCCUCUUGAUUUGUAUUUAUU